CGCGCAAGUAGUGUCGGCUCUAAUCUAUGCCUGAGUGUUGCGUUCUGUCUGUAUAAUUGAUCUCUGUAUCGCGUUAUCUCCAUUUGCCUAUUUUUGGUCAGAUAAAUCACGAUCUAACUCUCGGUAAUAUGGAGAAGAACAAACCUCUUCGUAAUAUGGCGAAAAACAAGAAUAUACCGUAUUCGAAGACCGGUGACAAGGAGGAAGAUGAGAUGUUAUUGGAACCAUUUAGUUACAUUCUGCAAGUACCUGGAAAACAGAUCAGGACCAAGCUGACACACGCCUUCAAUUACUGGUUAAAAGUGCCAGAGGAUAAACUACACGCUGUCGGUAAUAUAAUACAGCUACUUCACACCUCCAGUCUCUUAAUCGACGACAUUCAAGAUAAUUCAGUUUUAAGGAGGGGCAUCCCAGUAGCUCAUAAUAUUUAUGGUGUGGCAAGCACGAUAAACGCUGCAAAUUAUAGUAUGUUCAUUGCUUUGGAGAAACUGCUCGCUUUGAAUCAUCCAGAGUGUAUCCAAGUGUAUGUGGAACAAUUGCUGGAACUUCACAGAGGUCAAGGUAUGGAAAUUUAUUGGAGAGACAAUUACAUUUGUCCGUCAGAGACAGCUUAUAAACAGAUGACCAUUCGAAAAACUGGUGGACUCUUUGAUCUGGCUGUAAAACUAAUGCAACUGUUUUCCGAUUGUAAGGAGAAUUUUAUACCUUUGGCUGGUAUCUUAGGACUUUACUUUCAAAUUCGUGACGAUUAUUGUAAUCUACAUCUACAAGAGUAUGCCGAAAAUAAAAGCUACUGUGAGGAUCUUUCUGAAGGAAAAUUUAGUUUUCCCAUUAUACAUGCUAUACGGACUCAUCCGGAAGAUAGACAAAUACUGACUCUUAAUGAAGAUAUUCUUAGACAACGUACUAAGGACAUUGAGGUGAAACGAUAUUGUGUUAACUUGUUAGAAAAGUUUGGAUCCUUUGCUUACACAAGGACUGUACUGGAAGAAUUGGACAAAAAAGCAAGAAAUGAAGUACAACGCUUGGGUGGAAAUCCUUUAUUAGUACGAUUGUUAGAUGAAUUAAUGAACUGGAAAGGUUGUGAUCCUCAACAGCACGAUAAAAAAGGUGGUCUUUAAUCAUGUUUUAUUAUUUUUAUUAUUUCUAAUAUAUGUUAUAUAUAAAAGAAAUGUUAUAUACAUGUUA